AUGGCUAACAGUGUGACCGUCAACAAAAAGACUACGAAGCAUACCUUCUCUUGCAGUUUCUACCGUGAGGAUAUAACACCUUUGGUUCGAUUGAGCACCCGAGUUACUGGGCAAAAUUUGGAUGAAUUCAGAAAGACUUAUGGCCACAUUCUGCUUAUGUUAACUACUCGUAUUGAUGAGUGGGGUCUCUACACUCUUCUUCAGUUUUAUGAUUCUGAGCUGCGCUGCUUUACCUUUCAAGAUUACCAACUAGCCCCUACCCUCGAAGAGUAUGCACACAUUCUUCAAAUCAGAGUUCAACAUAAGGAUAACUGGAAGCCUAAUGGUGGGACCCACGGAUUCUAUGUGAAAUUUCUGAUGAGGGAAGCUGAAACCCUUGCUGAUAAGGAAAAGUGGAAAGAAUUCAAUGCUCUCCUGGCCGUCAUGAUCUAUGGAUUAGUGAUGUUCCCGAAUAUUCCAAAUUUUGUUGAUCUCACUGCCAUUUGUCUCUUCAUGGAUCAAAAUCCUGUACCCACUCUGUUGGCCGACACUUAUUAUGCCAUCCAUUCUAGGUAUGGAAAAAAGGGAUCAGUUGGGGGUUGUUUGCCAAUACUGUACGAAUGGUUUUCUUCACAUUUGCCUAAAAGCGGAGCAUUUGUCACUACAAAAGAUUCACAGAAGUGCCCCCAAAGGAUUAUGGGACUUACUGCAAAUGAUAUUGUUUGGUAUCACCUCCGAACGGACAUUGAGCAAGUUAUAACCAGAUGUGGAAGUUUUGGCAAUGUUCCUCUCAUAGGGACAAAAGGAGUUAUCAACUAUAAUCCGAAGCUAGCACUGCGCCAGUUGGGUUUUGUACUGAAGGACAAGCCGUUGGAUAAAGAGAUAUUUGAGUCCGUUUGCUUUGAAAAAGGAACCGAUCCGGAUGGUUUGGAGAAAGUAAGGAGUGCGUGGAACAAAAUUCAUACAGAAGACCGAACUACCUUGGGGGGGAAGAAUGCCAUUGCUAAGAAAGCUUAUACUGAAUGGGUUGAAGAAAGAGUUAAGGAGCGUCUGUUGCCUUUCCCGAAGGUUAGCCCUCUCUAUGAACAACCACCUGAGAUUUUAACUGCCACUGUACCAGCUGAGGAGUACAACCAAGUACAUGUGGAGAAUAUCAGAGUUCAAAAAAGGGCCAGAACUGAAAAGGGGGAAAGAGCUACCACUGUUCGUAUUGAGGACCAUCAAAGGGUUAUAGAAGAAGCGGUGAAGAAAGCAGAAGAAAAACUCAAGCGAGAGUACAGAGAAGAUUUAAGGGCUCACAAGCUCAGAGUAGAGAAAGAGGCUAGGGCCGAAGUAAAGAGUUUGAAAAAGAAGCUUGAGGAGGAAACCACUCAGAGGGUAGCAAUCAAGAAGAAGCUUGAAGAGGAAAUUACUCAAAGGAGGGCCGUGGAGACACAACUUAAAGGUAGUCAUCUCCGUUCCGCUCGACUAACAGAAGAGAAUGCAAAGCUCAGAAACCAGAUAGCAGAAAUGGAAAGUACAUCUGAAAAGAAUACCCUCCCUGAUUGCAAAGGAUGUGAGAGCUUGGUGGCCCACUGUGAUAUGUUAGAUGGGCAGUUGUUUCGCAAGGAUGUGGUGAUUCAAACAAUUGCACCUCCGCCUACACAUCGCUACUACACAAGGGCUAAUCACUCACUGCAAAUGGAUCAGUUAAGGGACGAUCUUAUCCAGAUGAGAACUCAGGUUACUGCUCAGAUGGCUCAGUUCAUGGAAGUCAUGCAAAACAUGGCUGAUCGCCAAGAAGAACUCAGAAUCAGGAUGGACACAGUUGCUCAGGUUGUUGCGGACCCCCCGCAAAGAAAUCCUGCUGAUAUUCGUGUCAAUGGUGAACCUGUGAUCGGAGGACCUGGUGUAAUUCCUCCUGCUGCUAAUCAAGGUAAUCCCCGUGGGCCUCCCCAGCCUACUCUUGAAGGACAAACCACACAACAAAUCAGAAGGGCUGCUGUUAUCCCCGUGUUGGAAGAGGACCGACACGAGGAUUUGUUUCCUGAAAGUGAAUGGGGGUUUCCACCGGAUGCUGGAAGGAUGUUUAGAGGUCUGGAGGAAAGGAUGAGGGCGAUGGAAGGCCAAGGAUUGGGUAUGGAUAUCAAUGACUUGGGUUUAGUUCCUGGCGUCCGUGUGCCACCGAAAUUCAAGGUACCCGACUUCGAGAAAUACAAGGGGAAUACUUGUCCUAAGACACAUGUCCGAGCUUACUAUCGCAAAAUGCAUGUGUACUCUGAGGAUGAAGGAUUGUUGAUGCACUUCUUCCAAGAUAGCCUGACUGGGGCAUCCUUGGAAUGGUAUAUGAGAUUGGAGAGAGCUAAUAUCCGAAGUUGGAGGGACCUAGUUGAUGCUUUCAUAAAGCAGUAUCAGUAUAAUGUUGACAUGGCACCAAAUCGCACUCAGUUACAGAAUCUAUCCCAGAAAGCUAAUGAGUCCUUCAAAGAAUAUGCACAGAAGUGGCGCGAGUUGGCAGCUAGAGUCCAGCCACCUAUGUUGGAAAGAGAAAUGAUGGAUUUGUUCACCAACACUCUGGAGGGCCAAUACUACUCCGCCUGCUCUGCAUCCUCAAGUUUUGCCGAGUUGGUUAUGAUUGGUGAGCGAAUUGAAAGUGGGAUUAAGGCUGGUAGAAUACAGAAUCCAAGUACUGCUAGUUCCUCUUCUGGGGCAGGAGGGAAGAAACCAUAUAACGGCUUUGCUAAGAAGAGAGAAGGUGAAACAAGUGCUGCUUACUAUGGUAAAGGUAAAGGCCAUGUUUAUCCACAGGUAGCCGCUGUUACUAUACCGAGUACUCCUCUUCAACAACAACCACAACAACAGCAGAGGCAUCCCCCACGUCAGUAUCAGCAAAAGUCGAGGCCACCAAGAAUUUUUGAUCCCAUACCUAUGACAUAUGCACAAUUACUCGCUCAUCUCUUACAUGGGGACUUGGUGCAACUUCGUACCAUGGGCCCUCCACCUGCUAAGCUUCCUCCUAACUAUGAUGCUAAUGCCCACUGUGAGUUUCAUUCUGGGGCUGCUGGGCAUGAUAUUGAACAUUGCAUAGGAUUCAUGCAUAAAGUACAGGAUCUGCUCGAUUCAAAAGCUAUUGAGUUCACCCCUACUCAAGGACCUAACGUUGUACAAAAUCCUAUGCCUUCCCAUGGAACUCAUGCCGCAAAUGCCAUCGAUAUUGUUGAAGACAUUUACUUGGUCAAGGAUGUUAUCGAAUUGGGAUCGUUGUUGCCAUUAUUGAAGAAGGAAUUAUUGAGGAUGAGACUAUACGCUGGUUGUGGAGAAUUCUGUACUGAUUGUAUGGUCACCUCCUCAGUUUGUGACAAGGUGAAAGAUGGGAUUCAACAGUUGAUAGAUAGUGGGUAUCUACAGUUUGAGCAUGUGCGACAUCCAAAGUCAGUCAAGAAUGAAAUCAAUGUGCUAUCCAUCCCGUAUACUCCUACUAAGAUCCCGAUUCCUGCCAGAGCGCCGCCUUUGGUCAUCACGUUGCCUGGUCCCAUCCCAUAUACUAGUGAGAAAGCAAUCCCAUGGAAUUAUGGCGGAGAAGUUUUCUACCAAGGGGCCAAGUAUGAGAUUAAAGCACCGGUUGAGAAAGAAGAUGUUGAUAAUGUUGUUGGCAUUGGAAGAAUGACAAGAAGUGGUCGUAUUUUCAAUCCUCCCCAGAAUACUCGCGAUGACAAUGCAGAAGCUCUAGCUCAAGCAAAAGGGAAAAGAGUGGUAGAAGAUACGGUAGAUUCGGGGCAAAGCUCUAACUCUGAAGAUACUGUGGCCAAAGAGAUGGAAGAGUUCCUAAAGAUCAUCAAGAAAAGUGAGUAUAAAGUGGUUGACCAAUUGAGUCAAACUCAAUCAAAGAUUUCGAUCUUGCAGUUGCUCUUGUGUUCGGAGACACAUCGAAACGCUUUGUUGAGACUUUUAAGUACUGCUUUCGUCCCUCCAGAGAUCUCAGUGAAUCAACUUGAAGGGGUGGUGUCAAACAUCAAUGCUGGUAAUGGAUUGGGAUUCACUGAUGCAGACUUGCCCUCCGAAGGUAGAAACCAUAAUAGAGCUUUGCAUAUAUCAGUGGAAUGUAAAGGGACUAUGUUAUCUCGUGUUCUCGUGGAUAAUGGAUCUUCUCUGAAUGUAUUACCGAAGUCGUCUUUGAUGAGGCUGGAUUACUCUGGUGUCGAGAUAAGGCCGAGUGAAUUGACAGUGCGAGCCUUUGAUGGGUCAAAGAGAUCAGUAUUUGGGGAGGUUGACUUGCCAAUAAUGAUAGGCCCUCAGCUUUUCACUAUUACCUUCUUUGUGAUGGAUAUCCACCCGUCUUACAGUUGUCUCCUGGGACGUCCAUGGAUCCAUGCUGCUGGGGCCGUGACUUCCACAUUGCAUCAGAAACUCAAAUUCGCGACCCAAGGAAAGAUAGUCACAAUAUGUGGGGAGGAAGAACACGUGGUAAGCCAUCUUGCGUCCUUCAGGUAUAUUGAUGUGGAAGGAGAGGUCCACGAGACGCCUUGCCAAGCCUUUGAGGCUGUCCAGACUAUCAAGAUCCCUUAUGUUGAAAAUAAGAAGUUAGGGGCCCCCAUGUCUUCACUAAAGGAAGCUAAAGCUGUGGUUGAAUCUGGUCAUCCUGAAGGAUGGGGCCGAGUCUUGGAUCUACCAAUCAAGCAGGAUAAGGGUGGGAUUGGAUAUCAGUUGGGUCAGAGUUCAUCUAGUGAGGCCUCCAAGAAGCCCGGAACCUUCGUUCCGAUCAAGUUCUCUAGUGCUGGCAUCGUCAAGGAUCAUAUUUGCGCUGUUGAUGAUGAUGUGGAUAGUGAUUAUGACAUUGAAGAAUGGAUCAAGCCGUGUGUCCCGGGACAGAAGCUUCUCAACUGGUCAUCCGAAGACAUCAUCUCAAUUGCUCUUGAUCAAAAAUCCACCUCUCCUCCGGAUUCUAUUGACAACGAUCUUGCUAUGCCUCGUUAUGACUUUGACAACCCUAUCUACGCCGCUGAAGAAGGGGAUGAAGAAGAUUGUGAAUUGCCUGAUGAGUUGGCCAGAUUGUUGAAACAAGAAGAGAAAGUGAUCGAGCCACAUCAAGAGCCUAUUGAGACGGUGAAUCUUGGCACCAAAGAGACGAGAAGGGAGGUUAAAAUAGGGGCUUCUUUGAAUGAGAAUGUGAAAGAAAAGUUGAUUGGAAUGUUGAAGGAGUAUUCUGAUAUCUUCGCAUGGUCUUACGAAGAUAUGCCUGGAUUAGAUACUGAUAUUGUGGUGCACAGGCUACCCCUUAAAGAAAAUUCUCCGCCCGUCAAACAGAAACUCAGGAGAACACGUCCUGAUAUGUCCAAGAAAAUCCAAGAAGAGGUUCAGAAGCAGUUUGAUGCAGGUUUUCUUGCUGUAACAGUUUAUCCACCAUGGGUCGCCAACAUUGUACCUGUACCUAAAAAAGAUGGGAAGGUACGAAUGUGUGUCGACUAUCGAGAUCUGAAUAGGGCGAGCCCGAAGGAUGAUUUCCCGCUUCCUCACAUUGAUGUAUUGGUAGAUAAUACUGCUCAGUUCUCAGUUUUCUCCUUCAUGGACGGUUUUUCUGGUUACAAUCAAAUAAAGAUGGCGCCCGAGGACAUGGAAAAGACAACAUUCAUUACGCCUUGGGGCACCUUUUGUUACAAGGUCAUGCCGUUUGGAUUAAAGAAUGCUGGGGCAACCUAUCAAAGAGCUAUGGUGACUUUGUUUCACGACAUGAUUCAUAAAGAGAUUGAGGUCUAUGUGGACGACAUGAUUGCAAAGUCCCAUACUGAAGAAGAGCACCUGGUUCAUCUGAAGAAAUUGUUUGAAAGGUUAAGAAAGUUCAGGUUAAGGUUGAAUCCCAAUAAAUGCACCUUCGGAGUGAGAUCAGGAAAGUUGCUUGGUUUCAUCGUAAGUGAAAGGGGUAUCGAGGUCGAUCCCGCCAAGGUAAAAGCUAUACAAGAGAUGCCUGAGCCGAGAACCGAGAAACAGGUUCGUGGAUUCUUGGGAAGGUUAAAUUAUAUUGCAAGGUUCGUCUCACACCUUACCGCCACGUGUGAACCUAUCUUCAAGCUAUUGAGAAAGAAUCAGGCAAUAAAGUGGGAUGACAAUUGUCAAAAGGCAUUUGAUAAGGUUAAAGAAUAUUUGCAAGAGCCUCCAAUCCUCAUGCCUCCAGUGGAAGGUAGACCUUUGAUUAUGUACCUGACGGUCCUCGAGAAUUCAAUGGGGUGUGUGCUGGGUCAGCAUGACGAGUCCGGUCGAAAAGAGCACGCAAUUUAUUACCUUAGCAAAAAGUUUACCGAUUGUGAAUCAAGAUACUCACUACUCGAGAAAACUUGCUGUGCUUUGGCAUGGGCUGCUCGCCGACUGAGACAGUAUAUGUUGACUCACACCACUUUAUUGAUUUCAAAGAUGGACCCAAUCAAAUAUAUAUUUGAGAAACCGGCAUUGACAGGGAGGAUUGCCCGUUGGCAAAUGAUCUUGACAGAAUAUGACAUACAAUACACUACUCAGAAGGCCAUUAAAAGUAGUGUAAUUGCUGAUUAUCUUGCACAUCAACCCGUGGACGAUUACCAGUCUAUGUACUUUGAGUUUCCCGAUGAAGAUAUAAUGUGCGUGGCAGAAACUUCCAAAAGUCAAGAUCAAGAGGAAGGUCCUGAACCAGGGGCGCGAUGGACGCUCGUGUUCGAUGGUGCCUCUAAUGCAUUGGGUAAUGGUAUUGGGGCUGUGCUUACUUCUCCAACAGGUUUUCAUAUUCCAUUUACGGCCAGAAUCUGUUUUGAUUGUACUAAUAAUGUGGCUGAAUACGAGGCUUGCAUAUAUGGUAUUGAGGCGGCCAUUGAUUUGAGGAUUAAAAAUCUCGCAGUUUAUGGAGAUUCUGCUUUGGUGAUUAGUCAGAUCAACGGAGAUUGGGAAACACGCCAUCCCAACUUGAUUCCCUAUAGAGAACAUGUGGUGAAGUUGGCUCAAUACUUUGAUGAGAUCACCUUCGAUCACAUCCCUCGAGAGGAAAAUCACUUGGCUGAUGCUUUGGCCACUUUAGCAUCCAUGUUCAAAGUCAAGUGGGACAAUGAAGCGCCGUCAAUUGUGAUCAAAAGGUUGGAUGAACCUGCAUUCUGUGGCGUCAUUGAUAAUGUGCCUGAUGAGAAACCAUGGUUUCAUGACAUUAAGAAAUUUCUGGAAACCCAAGAGUAUCCUGAGGGUGCUUCCCUUACAGAUAGGAAAACUUUGAAGAGACUGUCUGCCAAGUUCUUCAUUGCUGGAGGUGUGUUAUAUAAGAGGAACUUUGAUUCUGUGUUGCUCAGAUGCGUGGAUAGACACGAAGCAGCAAAGAUCAUGCAAGAGGUACACGAAGGAUCCUUUGGUACACAUGCAAGUGGGCACACCAUGGCUAGAAAAAUAUUGAGAGCAGGUUAUUAUUGGUCGACCUUGGAACAUGAUUGUUUCAACCAUGUGGUGGUAUGUUACAAAUGUCAAGUAUAUGCAGAUAAGGUUCACGUACCUCCGGUUCCUCUGAAUGUCUUGACAUCUCCUUGGCCAUUUGCUAUGUGGGGCAUCGAUAUGAUUGGGGAAAUUAAGCCCACCGCCUCUAAUGGACAUCGUUUCAUCCUCGUUGCUAUUGACUACUUCACCAAGUGGGUCGAAGCUGCUUCUUAUGCAAAUGUCUCUAAGCAAGUAGUGACUCGCUUCAUCAAGCACCAUAUAAUUUGUCGUUAUGGGGUUCCUGAGAGAAUUAUCACUGAUAAUGGAUCCAACCUCAAUAAUAAGAUGAUGAAGGAAUUAUGCGAGGACUUCAAGAUCACGCAUCAUAACUCCUCCCCGUACAGGCCAAAGAUGAAUGGCGCAGUUGAAGCGGCCAAUAAGAAUAUCAAGAAGAUUGUGCAAAAGAUGGUGAUCACUUAUAAGGAUUGGCAUGAGAUGUUGCCUUUUGCUUUACAUGGUUAUCGUACCUCGGUGCGUACUUCCACAGGGGCAACUCCCUUCUCAUUAGUAUAUGGCAUGGAAGCGAUUCUUCCGGUUGAGGUUGAGAUCCCUUCAUUAAGGGUAUUAACAGAUGUGAAGCUCAGUGAAGCUGAUUGGGUCCAGACCAGAUUUGAUCAACUGAACCUCAUUGAUGAAAAGAGACUAGCGGCCAUAUGCCAUGGGCAAGCCUAUCAAAAGAAGAUGAAGAGAGCCUUCGACAAGAAGAUUCGACCUCGACACUUUCAGGUUGGUGACCUUGUGCUCAAGAAGAUCCUGCCUAUUCACAACGAUCCUAGGGGAAAGUGGACUCCGAAUUACGAAGGGCCUUAUGUCGUAAAGAAAGUCUUCUCAGGUGGCGCCAUGAUCCUCUCAACUAUGGAUGGCGAAGACUUCCCACUCCCCGUGAAUGCCGACGCAGUUAAAAAAUACUUCGCAUAA